AUGGGCGGGGCCGCCGGCGCCCGGGGCAGUGUGGAGUUCAGGUCGCUGCCGCCGGGCGGCGGGCCUGGCCCGCAGCGGCGCCCGGAGGGCCCCGCCACCAAGUUCUCGGCCUGCCAGAGGCUGCUGCAGGACGAGGACGUGGUUUUCGUCCAUGAGCGGCUGCGCAAUGGCAAGUCCGGCCCCGCGUGGUCACUCUACUGCGUGUGCGACGGCCAUGGCGGCACCGAGGCGGCGAACCACGUGCGGGCGCGCCUCUGGAAGACGCUGGGCCCGCGGCUGCCCGAGUCGCCGCUGCCGGAGAUGGACAGCCCAGACUUUGAACAAUUCGCACUGAAAAUCAGGACGGCGAUGGUCAACACUUUUGUCAAGAUCGGCGAAAAGUUCGUCAUCGAGACGUGCGAAGAUAAAUCCGGCGCAGCCAUGACCGUCACCCUACUGUGUGGCCGUCUGCUGACCGUGGCGAACGUGGGAGAUGCAGACGCAGUGGUGGACACCGGCACGGAGUCCUUCAUGGCGACCGUGAACCACAGCAUCCAGUCCAACGAGGCCGAGCGCAAGCGACUGGCUGCGGCUGGCGCCCACCUGGCGUCUGCUGCUCCUUCAGACACUACCAGACCAGCGGGACCAGAGGAGGAGGGCCAGGGUCCCAUCAGAUGCUGGCCGGGAGGCUCGACGCUUUCCAGGUCCAUUGGAGACGUCGAGGCUGGGGAGCACGUCCUUGCUUGUCCGCACGUCUUUCAGAUGGCCCUGCCCAGGAGCGGCGCGAGGGUGCUGAUGGGGUCCAGCGGCCUGUGGAGCCUCAUCGGCUGGAAGAAAGCCACGCAGGUGGCGCGGCGGGCGCCGAUCGACGUCGCCGCCUCCAAGGUCGUGGAUUGGGCCAUCAAGUCCGGCAAGGGCGCGAUCCAGUACGACACGAGCGCCGUGGUCGUGGACGCGAUGCCCCAGGAGGCCUGGGGCUUCCCCAGCCUGGUGCGGCACAGGGCCGCCGAGAGGCGGGCCAAGUACCUGUGCGGCUGCCGCUGCGCCUUCGGCAAGGCCGACAGGCUGGGCUCCCUUCGGUUGGAGGUCGGCUGCGACGGCUCCCAGAUCGUGGCCCACAUCGACGGCCGCCUGCUCGUGUCGGAGCCCGAGGAGUCGCCCCUCAGGGACAGCUUCUCCAGCCUGGCUGAGAUCACCUGCGGGGGGUUCGAUGGGGAGGGGGACAGUUCCACGCCGCGGACGAGGACCCCUGGAAGGCGGUCCGCCGGGUACUCCCAGUCCCAGCGGAAUAGCUGCUCCUCGAGGCGGGACUCCCAGGAGGGCUCCCGGAGGCCGUACGCGCCCGGCACGCCGGUGGACGUCGCGUCGCUGCCGGAGCGGCACUCAAACGGCUGGAUGGAGACCUUUAGGCCCAGGGCGAACCCAGCGCCGUUCGCGUUCUUCGACCCUCUGCCGCAGGCGCCGACGGUCAGGGCCAGGGAGCUGCCCACGCCCUUCGCGCUCGCAGACCAGCUGCCACCCACACCGCGCAGGCACUCGGAGUCGACCAGGCAGCGCGGCGCGCAGCAGCCGUUCGUCUUUCACGGCCAGCUGCCGGCCGUGGCGCCCCUGGUGGGGCCCGAGGGCCCGGGCGGCCUCAGGAGAACGAAAUCCGCGAGGGAGUCCGUGGAGCUGGCGCCGGGGACCUGGGGCCCCCUGGCGGCGGUCUCCCAGGAGGUGUUCUCAUUCCAGGACGCGCGGCUGGGCAGGGACGCGUCCCUGUCCCCGUACGGGGGCGCGGUCAACCGGGCAUGCCGAUCGACAUCGGAGGAGAGGGGAAGUUACGCCGUCGGCAGGCCAGCAUGGAUGCUGCCCUUCGCGCUGCAGUGCGAGGCGGGCGGUCUCAGGAGGCCGAUGUCCGCGACGGGGGCGGCCGAGGGGGGGCCGUUCUGUCAGGGCGGCCCCUCCUGCCGGCCAAGGGAGUUGCUCGGCGCCGGACGGUUCCCAGGGCGUGGGGCGUCCCCGGAAAGGCGUUCGAAUGAUCAUCGCGCAUCCACGGAGAGGCAAUCAGGUGAUCGUCGUGCGUCCCCGGAGCUGCGCCAGCACGGUGAGGCGAGGAGCGCAGGCCCCUUGUCGUUGGCGAACGCGAGGCCCAACUCGUGUGCCAGCCGGAUACCCGGGCGCGUGGUGCCGUUCACGAUGCGACCCUCGGAAGGGGAGCCAGGUGGGGACGUGCCGGACGGGGCCUUCAACAGGGACGGCUGGGAGGUGCCCAUGCACUCGCAGGCCUUCCGCAACCUGCUCCUGCAGGCUUCGGUGCUGCUGGGGAGGGACCAGGGAAUGGGCAGUCCAUUCGAGGGCUCCGCGGCCGGGUACUUCCCCAUGCGGUCGAUCACCGUGGACGAUGCCCUGUCGGACGCCGCUGCUCCCAAUCAGACGCUGCCGUUUCCACGGCCUUUCGACGGGGAUGUCGGGGGCGUCAUGCGCAGGGGCCGUCAGAUGGGUCUCCUCACAAGUCCCCAGGGUGAAGCGGAUUGCCGAGUGCAGAGGCUGUCCGAGAGAUGA